AUGUCCGCGUACGACACUGCGAUUCGCGGCAAGCUCUCGCUGAAGGGCAAGGGGCUGCCCUCGAACGACAAGAAGAAGCGAAAGCGCAGGAGAGACGAAGAGGCGCGCGAGGAGGAGAGGGAGAUGAAGCGCGAAAAACUCGAAAAGACAAACACCGAGGAGGAAGAGCAGAAGACCAAGAAGGCAGCGAAUGGCGAAGGGGAGCGUGAGACGCAGCAGCACACGCCUGAAGAAGACGCAGAGGAAAUCGAUGAGGAUUUGCUGCUUCUUGAAGAGGAACAGAAUCCGAACUGGACGCCCGCGGAGAAGGCCUUCCGCUUGGCGCAGAAAAAACGAGAAAAGGAGCGAGUCAACGAGCGGCUCAAGUUCACGCAUCGCCAGCGAAUGGAGAAGCUGAAUGCGCAUCUGGCGUCGCUUUCAGAGCACUUUGACCAGCCUCGCGUCGGCCCUGGUUGA